UCGACCCCUUCCCCUCCCUACACACAUUAUAAAGCUUUUUAUUCUUAAAGGAAUGGGAGGGGGGGGAGCUGAGACCCGACCUCAACUCAUCCUCCCCCCCCCUUACACCCCCCCCAUCCGCCGGUGGUAAAGGGGAGAGAAAUGGCAGCAGGGGGGUUGAGCGGAAAGGCGCACGGCCCCUUUAAAUUUACCCAGGAGCCCUUCGAGGAGCCCCAGGGGCCCCACGACCGCGUCCCCACCCCGGCCGGCCCCUGCCCGCCGCCAUGGAGCCCCCGCGGCCGCUCCCGCACCCGGAGCCCGCAGCCUCCCUACCGGGCCCGGGGGUGCAGCGGGGCGGCCGGCGGAGCACGGACCAUUGUGAAGCUCGGGCUUCACGGCCGGGUCGGAGCCGGAUCCCGGGUCGGGACCAUCGCCGUUAUUACCACGAACGUUGGCGAGCCGAGUAUUUAAUGGAGUUCAACGCGGCUCGGCACGGGAUGCUGUGCAUGGUCUGCGGGAGCGCCCUGGCCACCUUAAAGCUCAGCACCAUCAAGCGGCACAUCAGACAGAAACAUCCCUAUUCCGGAGCGUGGGGACCCCGCGAGAAGCAGCUCAUCCUCCGCUCCUGGGACGCCAACCUGGGGCCCCACGCCGACCCCGAUGCGAUCCUCAGUGCUGGUGGUCGUGGGCCAGGUACGAGCCCCCUUCGCGUGGCCCCCUAUAGCCGGGCCGUUGGCUCUUUAAGUUGUCCCCCGGCCCCCUUAGCUGUAAUGCGAGACCUGCCACGCUCGCCCAUCGCUCCUUUAACGUGGGACCCUCCCCAUGAGACCCGCUGAGCCCCCAUUGCGGGCUGAGCCCUGCCCCCUUCAAAUUGGCCUGUGCCCCUUUAAGACAAGCCACGCCCCCUCCGCAACGCCACGCCCACAAAUCAUUUAGGCCCCGCCCCCGAUGGUGCUCGACCACACCCCUUUCCCAAGGCCCCGCCUCCAAUGUUGAUUGGUCACGCCCCUUUCCAAAGGCCAC